GGCUAGUGCUCAAAGCGCUCACGCAACAUGAAUGAUUUUGAUCAAAUUGCGUUGAUACGUCUUCCCUUGCCAUGUCGUCUCCUCGCCUCAGCAUGUUGUCCAGACAAGGAUCUACUUGUUCUGUUCUCUAGAUUGGGUGGACGUGACCGGAUGAGCUUGUGGAAGAUGCAAGGUUCUAAAAAGUGGGAAGUGGACCUUGGCGAUGAUGAUAACUUGAAUGAAGAUAUCGUUGGUAUUGCAUGGAGCAGCAGUGGCCAAACAAUUGCAGUUGCCUAUCAUCCGCCCCGCUUGAGUCUAUACUCGUCUCAGAACGGACAGCUGCGCUGCACGCUCAAAUCGCCGUUUGAGGCCACUAAUUGCAAGCCUUCUCGACUGAGUGGUAUCUGGUGGUUUCCGGGCAAUAAGGAAUCUCUGGAAGGCACGAUUCCUGAUAUAUUCAAGAGAAAGAACAUUAUUACAGGAUCAGCGCUCUCCAUCUUGAAGUCUCUCCCCCUGCUGAAUCCUCCUUUCGAAGACGAGCAGAAGCUAACCGCGACGAACAUCUUUGCAUUUCAAGGCUCUCAAACAAGGGUACCCACAAAAUCUUCGUUGCCCGAAGUGCUGUUGAGGUGGAACACGCUUGCGCUAAAACCGGAGACCGUCUCCAUUAGCUCUGCAUCCGGCGCCGAGGACAAUAUGGAUGGACCGGAUUCGCUACUACGGCAAGUCAAAUAUGCUGACGACGAGAAUAGUCUCCUUGUCAUAGCGGAUGAUGCUGGCCGCGUCUAUUCCUUUCUUGAUGGUACAUACUAUCUGGGCUCUGUGGGCCUUAAUGUCACCAGCGAGACAAUAUGGAAAUUUUCGAAGCGGGCACUCUUUUUCUACUAUCCUCACGGCGAUACUCGCAAAGACUCCUUCUCUGCGACCUUGCAGCCCUUGCCGAUGGCAAUUCCUUUACUUGACACACGUCACGCUCGCGAUUGCGCCAUGCUAUCAUCAAUCUCCCAUGACCUACUUGAAUAUGCUGCAGUGGCUACUAGAGACAUUCAGGAGACUUGGCUCGGCUCAAGUACGUUCACAGGGGCACGAGAAUUAGGGCAGAUAUGGCUUCAAGCAUUCCAGCGCAAGUUAGCUGACUUCGACGCCGAACAACCCAAUGCAAUGCUGGAUAUGAUUUGUGCGCUCCUUACGGGGUAUAAAAGCGAAGGAUUCAGAGAUUACUUUGGCAGCAGCGAGCAUAUGAGCGACAGAGCUCUGCAAAAAUGGGAUAACACGGUCUCAGACGCGCUGCUGAAAAUACGCGAUACAACGAGCCGAAGGAUUGUGCCGGCAUUGCAACGGCUAUACGUUGUUUUUGACGAACUCCAUGGGUGGUCGAACCUGCCGCAUUUCUCUCUCUUUGAACUUGCGCCAGAAAAUGUCAAAGAAUGUUUAGACAUGAUCCAAACGGGCAUUUUCGUUGCCUCUUGGCUGGCCGAUACCGCAAGGACAGAGUUGUCUCAUUUCAAGAAUUUCAUGGGCUGGCUACGAUUUGAAACUGCCGCCCUCAAUAAUCCUACAGAACGACUCCUCCCAGAGUUCGACCACGUAGAGGUCAACAGCUACCUUAAGUCCGGCCUCACGGACUGCCAAGUCGACCGAUGGUUCUUAGGGUCACCCCCUCAAUUUCGACCUGAGGAAUUACAACGGCAUGGCGAAGCAACCGAACUGGCUGGCAUCCUGUCACAGACUGAGUUGGCAUUACACACCCCUUCAAAGUUCGCUAUAAGGAAUAAAAACGAAUCUCCGGGCAAUCGCCUACUAUUAGACAGAAACCUUUCGGCACUGCUAGCAAAUCUCAUGGAUCGAUCGCAAAGCAUUUUUGAACAUGCGUGCUGGGCGAGUGCGCGUUCUGCAAACGUCGGACCUGCAUGCAGUAUCUUGCCGAGUCAGGGUUUGCCGACGAGCUCAGACACAAAUUGGUCCAAUCGAUCAUUUACACGGCAUCAUGUUGCAGAAAACGGGGUUUCCAAUGAAGCUCAUGGCGAAUUCCUUCAGUAUCUUGCCACUCAUGUAGCUUCGGAACCUCGGUCCUUCCUGAUAUUCAUGAAGACCCCGUACCGAAAACCGGCGGGUGAAGCUGUGGAGCAUUCUCAAGUGGCCGUCUUGGAGUGUUGUGCGGACGAAGAAGGCGAAGACGGCAUCUCCCGCCUGGAGAUAAUUGGCGCUGAGUUUUUUGAUGACACAAAUCUUGUCAUCAUUUACAGAAACUCGGCCUCGACCGAAAACCUGAUCAUCGCCUUGCUGGAGUACGGGAAUCUGUCUUAUCAAGAUCUUCAAAACGAAGGGUCUACAAGCACGCGUACUCGAGAAGACAUGAUCAAGGCUAUCCUGCAAGAAAUCAAUGAAGCGCAUAUCCCAACGAGGCCGGUUCCGAUUUCCCGGUGUCGGAAACUCGCUGCCUAUCACAAAAGCAGUAAUGUUUCGCUUGCGGUCAACGGACGAGAAGGACGGCGAACAGUUUGCGUACUCGACGAGAGUGGCAUGACGCUGGAGGUAUUGGACAUGGAGGCGUCAGGUGAGGAUGAAUGAUGAGGCCGAUGAAGUGGCGCAGGGGAGCGGUAAAGCCAAAGCUGGGCAGAAGGUGAACGGAUAAAGAAGCGAGGAACACGGCCCGUAAUCUGCAUAGCAUCCUGGUUGUGUGCCAACCUGAAUAGAAACCUAGGGGCGUGUUUGGCAACGAGGGCCGAAAUAAGUGGACGAAGCG